GCCGGCGGGUGCCGGCACAUUCCGGGCAGGCGCACUGCGAGAGGAGCGGGGCGGCGGCGGCACACAGCGCCCUGAGAGACCAUGGAGGCGGCGGGGCCGCAGCCGGGCCCGAGCCCCAGCCCCGCGGCGGGGCCGCAGCCGGGAGCUGAGGAGAUUGACAUGUCCCUGGAUGACAUCAUAAAACGCCACAGGAAAGAACAAACAGAUGCCAAAGCUGCAGGGGACAGGCGAAGGCAGCAGAUCAAGAACAGGAACUCGGCGUACGGGUUCGGGCGGCCCCGUUUCCGUGCCUGGAUGCAGAGGAACUUGCAAGGACCUAACCGUUUUAGAAGGGGGUUUGGACAACAACAAUACAAUCGAAGACAAUUCAGGAAUACUGGGCCAGGUCCUCGGAGAAGAGCAGCUGCUGCAUUAAAUGGAGUGAGCCCUUUAAAUCGCCAGGCAUCAGCUCAAGAGGGCAACAAGACCGAAGAUGGUUUCGCCAAAAGCAGCAGCAGUGGGCAGCUGGAGACACAGCGACGGCCACCCCUGGGUCCCAAGCGAUUCAGAGCAGCUGCUGCCAGCACCCAUGCCCCAGGGAGAAGGCCUUUCCUGCUGAACAGGGGUCCAGGCUUCCAGCAGAAGCGGAUGAUGCAGCGGUUCUCCAAAGCCAACUUUCAGAGAGGGAUAGAUGCUAAUGCAGAAGGGAAACUACCAAGGAUGCGAAGGUGGCAAGUGAAACCCAGCCCUGGAGCAGUUCUGACGGUUUCUGUGGCUAAUCCCCAGGCAGGCCAGGCCAAUGUGCCUGGAUCCAAGCGCCCGUUCCUGCGAAGCCAGAGGCCCCCACCACGGGCAGCCAAGCCCCAGCCCAAGGGGGUGACGCUGAGGUUCAACUUCCGUGCAAUGGCAAACCAGACCAGCCUGACGCUGGAUGAGAGGUUCUCUGGUCUGAGGAAUAAGAGGCGCUUUACAGCAGCCCGGAGCGCCGGCCGGACGGUCACCAUGCCCUAGCACUACAUGCUCAUCACAGGGACUGCAGACAGCAGUCCAGGCCCUGUAACGGGCAGCUCAAUAAAACUCGAUAGAUUUCCUCUGAGAUAGCUAAUUUGGCAACCUGCCGUUUCCUUCCUUACACACAGAAUGAGCGAGUGAUUGAGGGCAGGGACGUGGCAGCACAAGAGUCAGGGCCACAGCACAGGGCAGGUGGGAGAGGAGCAGGGGCGGUGGAAGGGGAUGAGUGGAGAUGGAUUUGCUGUGCCAGGGAGAGCCGCAGUGCUGGGGCCACCCCCUGCUGCCUGGGGGUGACCACUGUGAGAGGGAACGGGACUAACUCCAGGCUGUGCCUGUGGAGCCUCCCCUGCCUUGUCCCAGAGUUGGGACAGCAUUGAGGCCCCUGCACCACCCACCUGGGAGGCAGAGCGUGUGUGGGGGCUGAGCAAGGAACAUGCCCCAGCAGCAGCACCACCAGGGAUGCUCCAGCGUUCCCCAGCAUCCACCUAAGUGCCUGAUUUGCAGCAUGCACCCAGGACCCCUACCCAAAUGUUUGCAGUGUAAGACCCCUACAUCCUCUAAAUGUCUCACCCUGCCCUAUUAGACAGCCCUGGGACCUUGUGUUUUGUUUGGUUUGCCAUGCUGUUCUGACUGCUGCUGCCAGCUGUGCUGCCGGAGCAGCUUUCCUCAGCACAGAGCACAGAUGGGCUGCCCCAGCCCAAAUCUGUUCUUCAGUGCUGUGUAGUUCUGCAUUAGGGAUUUCAUAGGUACAGCUCCACUCGUGCUCAAAGUAUCAGCAUAAUCAAACUUGCAGUUGCAGGAAGAAGGCCAGGCGAUACAGCAGUUCAAUAAAUGUUGGGUGAGAAGUUAACAAGCUGGAUCUAGAUAUUUGUUAUUGAAGCUCUGCACCAACUGUGAGUCACUGAUCCAUUCUCCACCCACUGCUGCAAGCCAGCACUGAGCACACUGGACACAGCCUGUUACUGGGCCCUAAGCUAUACUUGUUGAAAUAAAUAUUUGAUAGACUGCUUUACAUUUUACACCAAGCGUCUUUAACAAGAGGCUGGACUUGAAGUUGGUUUUAUAGGACUGUGUGAAAUGUUACUAGCUGACUAAGCAGUGAUGUAUGAGUCCAGUACACCAAAUAAAAAACUAACUUGUCAAAUGUCA